AUGGUCCGCGGCCCCGCGGCAUAUGCUCGCCUACGAAACGUGAGCACGACAAACACGUCGCGAAACUCAGAAAGUUCCUUCACUCGGUGCGCGUUUCUCCAGAGGAGUUUACGCAGAAAUUUGAUCCGCAGCAAGCUGUGUCAAGGGAUUGACAUUUUUGCUGAGCCAAGGCGAACCAACGGGGUUUCUGUUGGCUUGGUCAUCCCAGAAAGGAGCCGCUUAAAAAGUGAUGUACUCGAGGGACUACCAACCCACCAACCAGCUGUGUUCAGCCCAUCGAUUUCAACAAGAUUGGCAAUUGACUAUCAGAACUAUCUAUGA